CCAUCACUAACAAAUUCACACCAUUAAUAUACAUCGCCCUCUCAUUCUUUUUCUGAUUCCUUUAACAAUACUAACCAAUACACCAUAAAGAAACAUUAUGAUCAUCUCCAUUAUUCUUUCUACAUAAUCCACCAAAUAUUUCCACUACUCACAAGAAUAUCCAUUCACAUAUUCACGUACAAUAAGAAAACACACUCCAUUUUUUUCACUCUUCUUCCACACAUACACAGACAAAAUCAAAUCUUUCACUAGCUUUUAAAUUUUUUGACUUUAUCCCUAAUUUAAGGGAUUUUGUUUGAAGAUGGUAACAUAUUUGAUGAAGACUUUUCUUGGUAUUUUUUCUUUUUAAAUGACACUACACAGAACACACUAAAACACAUUAUCAGAUCUUCUAUCCUCUCUCACUUUCUCUCUCUUAAUUCACUCUCUCUUCUACAUCUCUUUACUGUCAAAGGCAGAAUUCCCUUACCAGCCGCACCACCACUAAGAAACCACCACCGCGCCACCCUUCCUUUCCCCGUAUCACAACAACCAACGUCCAGCUACCACGCGCCGCUCCCUCCUCUCUUUUCCAUCGCGACUUGCCGGAGUUGAUCAUCGGCAGGCGAAAUUCCAGAGAAAGCAAAGGACUCACAGGAUUAUCAUUGGGAGAUCUUGGAUAAAACACCAAAUCAAAAGGAAUGGAUCCGACCCUGUAUAAUGCUGCGAUGAGAGGCAAUAUCGUAGAUACCAAUUUUCUACUUGCUGAUCAUCUGAAAAGGGAUGAAGAAAAUGGCUACCAAGUCACUCCGAAGGGCAACACGGUCCUCCAUGUCGCAGCCCUCUAUGGCCAUUCCCAUUUCGCGGCAGAAGUCCUUAAGGUUACUCCGGCAAUGUUACGCUGUCAAAACAAGAAAAAUGAAACCGCUCUUCACAUAGCAGCCAAUGAAGGGCACACUGAAGUAGUACGUGUGCUACUUGCAUGUAUAGAAGGUCAUAAGAAACUCACGAGGAUGACAGAUGCUAGUGGAGAUACAGCCCUGCACAGGGCCGUGCGGAGCCAACAUCUAGAUGUGGUUAAGCUCUUGGUGAAAGAAGAUUCUGAAUUCGAAUUUCCGCCUAACCAUGCGCAAGAGACGCCACUGUAUCUGGCGGCUGAAUCUGGUUUUCAUGAUGCUUUGAUUACCAUCUUGAAAUCCUGCAAGAAAUCAACUUGUGCUGCAGGUCCAUCUAAUAGAACGCCGCUGCAUGCAGCAGUAAUUCAGAAACAUAGAGAUUGCAUUAGAUCACUAUGGCGUUGGAAUAAGCCUUUAUGCGAAGAACUUGACUUAUGGGGUUGGAAUUCACUUCACUAUGCUGUUAAAUUAGGAUUGGAAGACGUAGUUUCUGCUAUGCUGGGGUGGAAAAAAUCCUUAGUGUACCUUCCGGCAGGCAGUGAAAAUGACUGGACAACAGCAAUUCACAUUGCAGCCAGUGAAGGUGAUGUAAACAUGAUAAAUAAGCUAUUAAAUCACUGCCCUGAUUGUCGUGAUAUGCUUAACAGAAACAAUCAAAAUGCUCUUCAUGUUGCCGUAUUGAACAAUCAAGACAAGGUAGUCUGCUCCUUAUUAGACUCUGAUAAGUGCGACAGCCUUGUUGAUGAACCAGAUAGUGACGGAAACACUCCUCUCCAUUUGCUUGCUGCCUCCGGUAACCAUGUGCCUGAAUUAAUAAACCAUCCUAGAGCAAAGAAGAUGUCAUUUAACAAACAAAACCAGACUCCACUUGAUAUAGCAUUAUCGUGCCCAAAGAAGGAGAAAUUGAUGGAGGAUUUGGGUAGCAUUGGCCGAGUUGGAAAACGUGACUUUGAAGUAAAGCGGAAGUACAAGUACACACCCAAUCCAAAUGCUGAAACAGAAACAGGAGGCAAAAUGCAACUGAGGGAAGAUGAUCACGAUAAAGCUAAAAAGGCAAAUCAAACAAUAAUUGAAAGUAUUAUGAAGGUAGCUCAAAUCCAUAUUGUUGUGGCCACUUUGAUAAUGACAGUCACUUUCGCCGCUGGUAUCACAUUGCCAGGAGGUUUUGAGAGUGACUCCGAUAGCCCUAAUCAAGGGAUGGCGAUUCUAAUAAGGAAAACAGCAUUUCGUGCAUUUGUUGUUUCCGAUGCCAUUGCCUUUACAUGCUCAGCUGUUGCCAUAUUCAUCUACUUCUUCAUGGCAGAUGUAAGUCCAGAUCCUCAAAAGAAAAAAAUUGUAAAUAAGCUUUAUAAUCUCGCAGCUUAUUUUCAGUUCUUCUCAAUGUUAGCAGUCGUAAUUGCAUUCGCAACGGGUAUGUUUGCUACUUUAUCACAUUCACUUGGUCUUGCUGUUACUGUCUGUUUCAUAGGUUGCCUCUCUAUUUUAUUGUACUUCUUGGUUCUUAUUUAUAUGGCAAGGAAAAUAUAGAUGAUGCUGAUAAGUCACUAGAGAGACAUGAAUGUGAGCUACUACUUGUACUUAUUGCUUCCAAAUGUAUAAUUCAGUUUUUACCGAAUACAUUGAAUUACAUAUCACAGAUAUGUUUUUUUAGUCCA